UCCAUACCGCCGCCGCCUCCUGUCCUUUUCUCCCUCGCCCCGAGACUUCCUAGGUGCGCCGCCGUGCGAGGCUGCUGGCUGCCGGCCACCACGGCCAGCCAAGAAGUACAAAAGCGUCUCCGACGAGCACGGCGGUACCGCCUUGCCUAGAUCUCUUCUCUCUGAGGUCGGCGCCGCCUCGUUCGUCGUCUCCGCCAUCGCCGUUGUACAGCUGCCGCCGUGCCAAACCAUACCUGACAGUUUUCCGUCGCCCUGACUGGGAAACACUAAGCAGAUCAGGUUGGGAUAGAUUAAAUUCAGAACGAAGAUGUGCUCCAUGAUCCGAAGGUUUGUCCAUCUAAUUGUUCACGAUGUCAAGGGUGGGGCUGGUGGUGGUGGUUACGCCCUGCGGAACAUUGAUACCAAGCCGCUCUUUGCGGGUAUUGGUGGUGGCAGCACGAGUAUGGCAGUCACUACUCGAUUACCACGCCCAGCUGCCUUCUUUGAGUCUGCUAACACGGACAAUAACAAUCACACAGAGUUUUUCCUCCUCGGCAGCAAAAUUGUUAGUGUCAACAUGAACCGGCGCACAGUCUUGUAUGACAGUUUGACUUCGGGUAUAUCUGGUGGACCUGACCUGUGGCAUUGUAAGUUCGUCCACCCUGCCUGGGCAGCAAUACGAGGCAAGCUCUACAUCACCAACAUGUUGCCACACAACUACGGCAAGCCCUGUUUAGAGGCACUGCGUUUCGACGACAAGCUUGAGGAUUGGCUGUGGGAUCUGCUCCCCUCGCCGCCCUUCUUUGACGAGCCGUUCAGGAGUGAUAACACCAUACAGUGUUACGCAGCCGGGGAUGAAGAGAAGAUGUGGAUAUCAACAUUGGGCAGAGGCACCUACACCUUCGAUGCCGCUACUGCCACAUGGUGCAAAGAAGGUGGCUGGACGCUGCCUUUUGAAGGCCGAGUGCAAUAUAUACCUGAGUAUGGCAUCUACUUUGGAUUCUCCAAGAGAUUGAACAAGCUGUGCUCGGCUGAGAUGAUCGCUGGAGCUAAGGCCUCGGAGCCCCCGGUGCACAAGCAAGUAUGGGACAAUGUUGAUGUUUACGUUGGUGAGGGUUGGCAUUUGGCCCAUUCUUACCUCACCUAUCUUGGUGAGGGCAAGUUCUGCGUUACAAGGUUCUAUGACACUAGGCGUGAAUGGGAUGACUGGUGCAUUCCUCUGAGCAAUGUUGCUGUCAUGUCGGCUCUCGAAAUGAGACUUGAUGCCAACACAGGCGAGCUCAAAAUGAUCAGAGGGGCUUCCACCCGUUACAAGUUCCCCGACGCAGUGCACGGCUGGGCUCUGUGAGCACCGACACCCACCUUCCGGCCCAAUGUACUUCUGCUAUAACAUGUGAACAUGCAUGUAAUGCCCCAACAAGAAUAUAUGAUCAAUCUGUGGCACACAGUUGGUUAUAUUUUUCAAGUGAAAUUUGACAGGCUUAUCACUUGUUAUUGCACCAACAAUCGAGUGUCCAUGUCGCUAUGGUGUUUGUGUUCACAUGUCACCCUUUUUUUUUGUAUAAUUCAACUCGUGUAAUGUUUCAGAUUCAUGAUGUGGACCUCUAUUCGUAUAACACUGUCACUUUUUCAACUUUCAGAAGUGGGUUUUCACCCUUCUUAUAAAGGGCUGAAAGUA